AUGGCUACACAGAAAUCGGCAUCGCUCGAUGCUCCUCUCGAAAUGAACAAACCGAGCACAAUUACAUCAACGCCCAUUCUCCCUGACCUGGCUGAGCCGGUGACGAAUUUGCAGAUGGACUACUUGCUCUACAAGAAAUCGGUGCUCACUAAGGCACUGUUCAAAUCCAAAGCUGUUGUGUCUCUGCUAAUUGGCGCAUUUGCGGGACUGUUUUAUCGCAAAUUCGGACCUUACUGUACUCCGUACAACUUCAGGAACGGAACUCUCGAGGGCAUACUCAGUAUCUUCCACUCUCCAUUUUUUGUCCAAGACGCGUUCUAUCUUGUCUUGUCGACGGCCAUGAUUUUCUCUGCCACUCUUGUUGCCGCAUGGCUCCAGACAAAUUUCCUGAGGGACGCGGCAGAGGAAGUGCCCAAGCACAUGGAGCAGUACUUUGGGCUGGACCUGGAAGAGUAUGCGAGAAGUGCUGUCAAGUCAAAGCUGAGAAAGGUUCCGGCAGACGUCAAGCAGAAGGUGAAAUUUAUGGAAAAACACUCGUUGGUGGUCCAAUAUCGCGAGACCCCAAUCGCAUUUAUAGUGCAGCAGAAGGAGUCAGAAUCCAGCUUCAAGAUCACCGGUUUUGCGGUGAGACGGGUCUAUAUCAAGUCCGGAAUCCUGGCAGACCUGCUCGACUGGGCCAAAAAACAAGUGGGUCCCAAACAAUCGUCUUCGGUCACCGUCUACUCGUUUGAGACGUUCGAUAUUGACAUUCUUAGAGGAAGCGGCUUCAAGCUGCUGAGAAGGGAGCCGUUAGACUCCUUCGUUCUGGGAACACUGUUUGGGAUCACGCGCGACACAUACAUCUACGAAGGAAGCAGCUAA